AUGGGAAGCGUUGAAUCAAUAGCUAAUCCAAUUAGCUUAACAGGUUCUCCGCAACAUCUACCAUUACAACGAUAUUCGAAAGAAGCUUCUCCUACUUCACAACGUGUUUUGCAAGCGGCUAAAUAUACCGGUGCUAAAAAUGAUUUGUUGCUGCUAUCUCAAUCAUCUCAACGUCGUCAAAAACAUGCAAAUUCAACGCGAUGUCACUCUGAGAAUAGAAAAAUAGAGCAAAAUUUAACAGAAUCCAAUUUUGAAGAACUGUCAUCCUCAUGCAGCAAUUUUAGACAGGCGUUACAACCAAAUAUUGAAAUUUUGGGUGAUUUAACAACCUCACAGAGUAACGCAAUUCGACGAGUAUGGAAAGAGGAAAUGAAAAGAUGUGGUAAUAAUGAAUUGGAACUCGCAAGCCGAUUAUUAUUACGCAUAUUUGCGAUUGAUUCACGUCUUCGAGCAUUUUUUCAUCUUUCAAAUGUGCCUUACUUUAAAUUGAGGGAAAAUCAACUUUUCGAACUUCAUGUUAAGGUGACAGGAUCGACUUUAUCAUUUGUUAUGUUACAUUUGCAUAAUCCAACUGCAAUGAGUAAAUCAUUGCAAGCAUUGGGUGCACGACAUGUAAUUCAUACAGGAGUACAGUACAGAAGCAAUUAUUGGAAGAUAGUAAAUCAAGCAUUCAUUGAAUUUGUCAACGCUGAUCAAACAUCAAUCGAUGUAUUCGAUGCAUGGAAUGUCCUCGGAAAUUUCUGUGUGGAACAAAUGCGAAUUGGAUAUAAAAUUGAAUAUAAGGCUCAGAAAGUGUUGGAAGGUUUGAAG